CUGGGCUCCACAGUGCAGUCUGAAACCAAGGGAAUCUGGAUGUGGUGUGUGUCCCACCUCUCCAAGAAGAACCACACCCUGGUCCUUCUGGACACUGAGGGUCUGGGUGAUAUGGAGAAGGGGGACUCCAAAAAUGAUUCGUGGAUCUUUGCCCUGGCCGUGCUCCUGAGCAGUACCUUUAUCUACAACAGCAUGAACACCAUCAACCAGCAGGCCCUGGAACAGCUGCACUAUGUGACUGAAUUAACGGAGCUGAUCAGAAUCAAAUCAUCUCCCAUCUCCGAUGAUGUAGAGGACUCAGUCGAGUUUGUGAGAUUCUUUCCGGAUUGGGCUGUGCGGGAUUUCAUGCUGGAGCUGGAGUUAGAUGGAAACCCCACCACUGAAGAUGAGUACCUGAAGAAUGCCUUGAAGUUGAUUCCAGAUGAGAAUCCCCAAAUUCAAAACUCCAACUUACCCAGAGAGUGUAUCAGGAAGUUCUUUCCCAAACGGAAGUGUUUCGUCUUUGACCGCCCUGCAAGUAACAGAAAACAAUUACUCCAUCUUGAGGAAAUACCAGAGAACCUACUGGAUGGGAAUUUCCAGAAGCAAUCAAAAGUGUUCUGCUCAUAUAUCUAUACCCAAGCAAAGGCCAAGAGCUUAAAAGAGUGAAUCACUGUCACCGGGAAAAGGCUGGGGACUCUGGUGGAGGCCUACGUAAAUGCCAUCAACAGUGGAUCAGUUCCUUGUCUGGAGAAGGCGGUGACAAUUCUGGCCCCGCGUGAGAACUCAGCAGCUGUGCAGAAGGCAGCUGACCACUACAGUGAGCAGAUGGCCCAGCGACCGAGCCUCCCCACAGAGACGCUCCAGGAGCUGCUGGAGGUGCACGCAGCCUGUGAGAAGGAAGCCAUUGCCGUCUUCAUGGAGAGCUCCUUCAAGGAUGAAAAGAAGGAUUUCCAGAAGAAACUUCUGGUCAUGAUCAAGAAAAAGAAAGAAACUUUCUUGCUGCAAGAUGAAGAAGCGUCUGUCAACUAUUGCCAGGCUGAGCUUAAGAAGCUUUCAGACCCCUUGAUGAAGAGUAUUUCAAAAGGAACUUUCUCUGUCCCUGGAGGACACCGUCGCUACUUAGAAGCAAGGAGCAGGCUUGAAGAGAACUAUAAACUCAUUCCCAAGAAAGGAGUUAGGGCAAACCAGGUCCUCCAGAGCUUCCUGCAGUCACAGGCAGAAGUAGAGGCAGCCAUCCUGCAGGCAGACCAGGCGCUCACUGAUGCGGACAAGGCCAUGGCAGAGGAACGUACCAAAAGACAAGCAGCAGAGAUGAAACAGGAUCUGCUAAAACAGGAACUGAGUGAUAAGAAUAAAAAAAUGGAGGCCCAAGAGAGAAGCCACAUGGUAAGUAUAGCCCAACUGAUAGAGAAGUUCAUGAUGGAAAAAGAAAACCUUCUAAGAGAGCAGGAAGUGCUGGAGCACAAGUCUAGAUGGGUGCAAAUGGAACAACUCCAUGUGAACUUUCAAAAUAAAUCUGAUGAAUUACAUAUUGAGAUAACUAGACUACGACAAACCCCAUACUGGGGGAGGAGAGAAGCAGAUGGAGGCGCGGGGCCGGUGGGUGGCGACCGGCCGGGCUCAUUGUUCGGGCAGCUCGGGGUCUGCUUUUGGAUCCCAGGUUGCUUCCAAGCUUAUCGCCCGGAUGCGCCGCUGCUCCUGGAGCAUCUAAGCAGCAAUGCAGCAAAAAGCAGGAGAGCAGGUACGUCUUCUGAGGAAAGGAAGCUGAAGACCCAAACUCACCCUUACUCUCCAGCCCGCCCUUCGCAGAGGCGAUGGGUGCGGUGUCUUCUCCCAGCCCCCUCUUGCCCUCCUCAGAUACAUCCUGAGUGCACCCCGCUGGGCAGUGGUUAA